UUGUGGGUAGCGCGCCCAGGAGGGAGAAAGGAGCCGGGGGUCGUGGCGCGCGCACGCAGGGCCUGAGGGGAUGUUCGAGGACGAGCCCCACGCCGAAGGGGCGGCGGUGGUCGCCGCGGCUGGGGAGGCGCUGCAAGCUCUGUGUCAGGAGCUGAACCUGGACGAGGGGAGCGCGUCCGAAGCCCUGGACGACUAUACCACCAUCCGAGGCAACUACAGCCUAGAGGGAGAGGUUAUACACUGGUUGGCAUGUUCAUUAUAUGUUGCAUGCCGCAAAAGCAUCGUUCCCACAGUUGGAAAGGGCAUCAUGGAAGGAAACUGUGUUUCACUUACCAGAAUACUACGUUCAGCUAAAUUAAGUUUAAUACAGUUUUUUAGUAAAAUGAAGAAGUGGAUGGACAUGUCAAACCUGCCACAAGAAUUUCGUGAACGUAUAGAAAGGUUAGAGAGAAAUUUUGAGGUGUCUACUGUAAUUUUCAAAAAAUUUGAGCCAAUUUUUUUAGAUAUAUUUCAAAAUCCAUAUGAAGAGCCUCCAAAGUUACUACGAAGCAGGAAGCAGAGGAGGAUUCCUUGCAACGUUAAGGAUCUCUUUAAUUUCUGUUGGACACUCUUUGUUUAUACUAAGGGUAAUUUUCGUAUGAUUGGGGAUGAUUUAGUAAACUCUUAUCAUUUACUUCUGUGCUGCUUGGAUCUGAUUUUUGCCAAUGCCAUUAUGUGCACAAAUAGACAAGACUUGCUAAAUCCAUCAUUUAAAGGUUUACCAUCUGAUUUCCACACUGCUGAUUUUAGGGCUUCUGAAGAGCCUCCCUGCAUCAUUGCUGUACUGUGUGAAUUGCAUGAUGGACUUCUAGUAGAAGCAAAAGGAAUAAAGGAGCACUACUUUAAGCCAUACAUUUCAAAACUCUUUGACAGGAAGAUUUUAAAAGGAGAAUGCCUCUUAGACCUUUCCAGUUUUACUGAUAAUAGCAAAGCAGUGAACAAGGAGUAUGAAGAGUAUGUUCUAACUGUUGGUGACUUUGAUGAGAGGAUCUUUUUGGGAGCAGAUGCGGAAGAAGAAAUCGGAACGCCUCGAAAAUUCACUGGUGACACCCCAUUAGGGAAACUGACAGCACAGGCUAAUGUGGAGUAUAACCUUCAACAACACUUUGAAAAAAAAAGAUCAUUCGCACCUUCUACCCCAUUGACAGGACGGCGGUAUUUACGAGAAAAAGAAGCAGUCAUUACUCCUGUUGCUUCAGCCACCCAAAGUGUGAGCCGGUUACAGAGUAUUGUGGCUGGACUGAAAAAUGCACCAAGUGAACAACUUAUAAAUAUUUUUGAAUCAUGUGUGCGUAAUCCUAUGGAAAACAUUGUGAAAAUACUGAAAGGAAUUGGAGAAACUUUCUGCCAACACUAUACUCAAUCAACAGAUGAACAGCCAGGAUCUCAUAUAGACUUUGCUGUAAACAGACUGAAGCUGGCAGAAAUUUUGUAUUAUAAAAUAUUAGAGGCUGUAAUGGUUCAGGAAACCCGAAGACUUCAUGGAAUGGACAUGUCAGUUCUUUUAGAGCAGGAUAUAUUUCAUCAUUCCCUGAUGGCUUGUUGUUUGGAAAUUGUGCUCUUUGCCUAUAGUUCACCUCGUACUUUUCCUUGGAUUAUUGAAGUUCUCAAUUUGCAACCAUUUUAUUUUUAUAAGGUUAUUGAGGUAGUGAUCCGCUCAGAGGAGGGUCUCUCGAGGGACAUGGUGAAACACCUGAAUAGCAUUGAAGAACAGAUUUUGGAGAGUUUAGCAUGGAGUCACAAUUCUGCACUGUGGGAGGCUCUCCAGGGUUCUUCAAACAAAGUACCUACCUGUGAAGAAGUUAUAUUCCCAAAUAACUUUGAAACAGGAAAUGGAGGAAAUGUACAGGGACACCUUCCCAUGAUGCCAAUGUCUCCUAUAAUGCAUCCAAGAGUCAAGGAAGUUCGGACUGACAGUGGGAGUCUUCGAAGGGAUCUGCACCCAUUGUCUCCAAUUUCUGUCCAUGAACGCUACAGUUCUCCUACCGCAGGGAGUGCUAAGAGAAGACUUUUUGGAGAAGACCCCCCAAAGGAAGUGCUUAUGGACAAGAUCAUAGCAGAAGGAACAAAAUUGAAAAUUGCUCCUUCUUCAAGCAUUACUGCUGAAAAUAUAUCAAUUUUACCUGGGCAAACUCUUCUAACAAUGGCCACAGCCACAGUAACAGGAACAACAGAACAUAAAAUUACAAUUCCAUUGCACGGUGUUGCAAAUGAUGCUGGAGAGAUCACACUGAUACCUAUUGCCAUGAAUACAACUCAGGAGUCCAAAGUUAAGAGUCCUGUAUCACUUACUGCUCAGUCGUUAAUUGGUGCUUCUCCAAAACAAACCCAUUUGACUAAAGCACAAGAGGUACAUCUGACUGGAGUAAGCAAACCAAAGAGAACUGGUUCCUUAGCCCUGUUUUACAGAAAGGUCUAUCACUUGGCAAGUGUACGCUUACGUGAUCUAUGUUUAAAACUGGAUGUUUCGAAUGAGUUACGAAGGAAGAUAUGGACAUGUUUUGAAUUUACUUUAGUCUACUGCCCUGAUCUAAUGAAAGACAGGCAUUUGGAUCAGCUCCUCCUUUGUGCCUUUUACAUCAUGGCAAAGGUAACAAAAGAAGAAAGAACUUUUCAAGAAAUAAUGAAAAGUUAUAGGAAUCAGCCCCAAGCUAAUAGUCACGUAUAUAGAAGUGUUCUGUUGAAAAGUAUUCCAAGGGAAGUUGUAACAUACAAUAAAAACAUAAAUGGUGAUUUUGAAAUGAGAGAUUGUGACUUAGAAGAUGCUACAAAAACACCUGACUGUUCCAGUGGACCAGUGAAAGAGGAAAGAGGUGAUCUUAUCAAAUUUUACAAUACAAUAUAUGUAGGAAGAGUGAAGUCAUUUGCAUUAAAAUACGACUUGUCAAAUCAGGACCAUGUGAUGGAUGCUCCACCCCUCUCUCCUUUUCCACAUAUUAAGCAACAACAAGGCUCACCACGCCGGAUUUCCCAACAGCACUCUAUUUAUGUUUCCCCACAUAAGAAUGGGUCAUGCCUUACGCCAAGGAGUGCUCUGCUGUACAAAUUCAAUGGCAGCCCUUCUAAGAGUUUGAAAGAUAUCAACAACAUGAUAAGGCAAGGUGAGCAGAGAACCAAGAAGCGAGCAAUACCGAUAUCCAUCGAUGGUGAUGCAGAAUCACCUGCCAAACGCCUCUGUCAAGAAAAUGACGAUGUAUUACUUAAACGACUACAAGAUGUUGUCAGUGAAAGAGCAAAUCAUUAACACUGUUCCUGUUUCUGUGAUAAAAGCACUUUCAGGUUCUGCAGAAAGUUGGUGAUCUAUCCUUCAAUGCUUUCAGCCCUGCAGAUGAUAAAUAUCACUAGCUUAUAAGAAAAAUUGCACCAAAAUUAUGUGCUUUUUUUUUUUACAUUUAUCCAAAAUGUAGUUGACAGAGAUGUAUUUUCAGUUAGAUUGGAAAGGAGUGUUUUAAGUGCCUUUUAAAAUAUUAAUAGUCAUAGAAUUUUUUAAAUGUUUGUACCUUGGGUUAGUUUUUAAGAUGAAAUAAAUAAGGAGAAACCGCAUAAUUUUUUAGCUCCUUUAAAAAUAAUCAAAUGUCUCCUCCUUCUGUGCUUUGUUAUACAAGGGUAAAUAAUAUGUUUUUGGUGUGUGUGCUUUGAGAUACUUGUAUUCUCAAUUUAAUGUUGAAAGUAGGGGUUGAUUCCCAUAGUACCCAGGCCAGAGGGUAAUAUACCAGGCUGUCUCUGGCCCCCUGUGGUAACUUGACAUCCAGGUGCCACUACCAUUCUGGGUUGUGUGGAUCCCUUCUCAUGCCCUUCCUCUGCUUGAGCGUAAGUAAAUUUGUACCUGAGCCCUGCACUACCUCCACUCCUUGCUUUCCAACCCUGAGCCCUCUUAGCCUGGUGAUACAACCCAAUAAGAGGCACUUGCUCCUUUUUAAAACACCUAUCAUUUUGUUUUUUAUAACUUUAACUUAAUUAUAUAUGAUCGUAUUAAGACAUGUAACUCAAAAUAGGAAGCUGCUUUUCAAGCCAGUAUAAAAUUCAGGUAAAGUUAUUAGAAACUAAGUUUCCUAUUAGUUAGCACCUGAUAAUGUGUGAGAUCUGUCCUUCUCAAUGUCUAAUUGAUUUCCUAAGAAUAUUUGAAACCUUUUUCAAAGCCACAUUAAAAUUAUUUGAUGCCUUAUAAUUCUAAUGUAUAUUAGUAAAAUAGCUGCUUAUUACUUCCCCCACUUUGUUCUCAUUAUUAUUAGUGCAUCAUGAAUUUCCCAUUAGGAUUUGACUGCUUGGUCUCCCUGAAGAUGUUUCCCAGUCCUAGGGAUGGAGCUUUCCAAAGAAUCCUCUGUUCCACAUUCACUUUUUCUAGUGUGUUUCCAGAAUCUGGAAGGACUUGAAUAAGCCAUUCUUCAUUAAUUUUGAGAAGAUGUUAUCAAAUGUAUGUUUUUAACUGCAAAACUUAUUUUUUUAAAUGCAUAAUGUUUAACUUACCUAUCUCCAACCCUGACUAAUUUGAAUUAGUCUAAGACUUGGCUUUCAGUAAUUAGUAUUGUCAGGAGUUUCAUUUUUAAAUUUUAAGAAAAGGGAUUUUGGUCACAUUUUACUUUUCUGAAAAUUACACCUCAUUUUUUGUGUAGUAUCUACACAUAUUGUUAUAAGUAAAAUAAUGUAGAGUCUGUCUUGAAUCUUUGUACAUAUUUUUAUGUAGCUAUGACUAUUGUAUCAUUUUCAUCUUCAUUAUUAAUGUGCAAAGUAUAAAUGAGAAUUUGUACACUGACUAUAUAAAAAAUAUGGAUAUGUUUUUAUCGGUAUUUAGGACUUGGUAUCAGUGUGCAUUAAAUGGUUAAUAAAAAUUGGAAUUUUUGAGAUUACUGAAAAAA